AUGUCGCUUGAAGAAAAGUUUCCGGCCUAUGGUGGCCGUGGGCCUGGCGAUUUGCGCCUCGGCAUUACAUUGGCCAUCAUUGCUACCAUUUUCAUGGCUAUGCGCGUCUACGUGCGGUUGUUUAUGAACAAAUUUGGAACUACAGCCUUGAUGUGGUCACUCGCUGCUUGGUUGCUUACUGCUAUCACUCAAAUCUUUGGAAUCCUUUCCGUCCUCCACGGCCUUGGAAACCAUAUCACACUCAUUAUCAAAGUCGGCGAAUUACACCACUUCCUUCUCUUUACCUGGGUUACUGUAUUCUUCUUCAAUCUCGCCAUUCCAACCGGCAAAGUGGCCGUCGCUGCAUUCUUGAUUGAAAUGAAUGGACAAAGCAACCCGAAGAUUCGAAAGAGCUUAAUUGCCGUCGCCGUUCUCAACAUCGUUCUUAAUAUCCCACAGGUCUUGAUGGUCUGGUUCCAAUGUACCCCCGUCACAGCGCUCUGGGAUCCCCUGCAACAAGACCAGUGUGACCACCGCAAGAGCGUAUACUAUACCUACUUUGUCGGCGCCGUCGCUGCCUUGUCAGACAUCUAUCUCGCUAUCGUCCCUAUCCACAUGCUCAUACCUCUGCGUAUCGAUCGAAAGCUCAAAUGGGGUUUGAGUUUCCUCAUGGGCUGUGGUGUCUUUGCCGGUGUAGCCGCUGUCGUCCGUACGUGGGCUGCCAAAUUCAUCCUAAGUGAAGACUCGUCUUAUGGCGUUGGCAUUCUAUUCUGCUGGGGUGAGGUUGAGGAGUGGCUUGUCCUAAUCACCAUGUCCAUUCCACCAGUGUGGCCUCUUUUCAGACCAUUCACCAAUCGCUUCAUCAAGUCAACCCUCACCGGAAGCAAAAGGAAGAGCUACAUGUACAACUACAAACAGCCAUACAGCACAACCGCAGUCGGUGAUCAAUCACCAGGAUUCCCUCCUCCUAUGGUCACGACUACUAUCUCCAUUUCGUCAGCGAAGGAUGGCGCUACGACAAUCGUGCCGUCGGAAACGAGCUCUCGGGUCUCCAACGAGCGGAUACCACACAACAUCCUGCAGGACAAGGGCUCGUCUACGACCUGGGUCGAAUUGUCUAAUUUGAAAGACCCGAAAGACCCGAAAGACCCACGGUAUUCACCUUGA